AUGCGCCUCUAUCGAUUUAUUUUUAAACAUAAACCAAUUGUGCGAAAGAUGACUUCAUUAGUCAAUACUUUAGUUGAUAGAGCACUUGAUUCAACAACUAAUAGCAUAAAUCCAGCUAUUAUUAUACCAAAACCGAUGACAUCGUUUGUUGAUACUGAAAAAAUAAAUUUACAACAAAUAGCAAAUAAUUUUUUGGCACGACAUUUUGAAUUUCGAACAAAAGAUCGUGAAAAAAAAUUGAAUGUUGUUCAACUUAUGUCAGAAUAUGUUGGUAAUUUUUCUACACCUAUUUCCUAUCUUCAGUUUUAUUUGAAACGUGCAGGAAAAUUUAUUCAAUUUGCUGAAGAAUUAGGACCGUUAAGUGAUAGUGAAGAAAUUCAUCGAACUAAUUGUAUACGUAUUUAUAAAAAUUUUAUUCAACAUUAUUCAGAAUUGAUUGGAGCUAUUCAAGCUCAUGAAAGUGCAUGUGAUGGACGUUCAUUUCGACGUUCUAUUGAACGCAUGCAAGUUGAAAUAGCUCAUGUACCACUGAAUUUACAUUUACAACAAUUAUUAAUUAGUAGUGCAGAUGAUCCUUCACAAAGAUCAAUUUAUAAUACGAUUACAUUAGGUGCGCCUGCUGUACAUCAUUCUCGUUUUACUCAUGGUGGUCUUGUACGAAUCAAAGCUAAUGAAUGUGAAACAAAUGAACACUUAUGUUAUCUGCAAGACAAAUUACAAGCAGUUCUCAUUCUUAAUAGUGAUAUUGAUGAUGCACUUGAUCAUUUAACACAAAUUAUUGCAAGUCCAUCAACAAAUAUAGAACAUUCUGUACUUAAAUUAUCUCUUCAAAGAGUUGUUCAAGCUGUUGUCUCUUUACUUGAAUAUUCAAGCAAAGAUCUUGAUUCAAUAGCUAAUUCAUCAUCACAAAUAGCUGUUAAUCCAUUGUCAUCAAGAGUGUCUUUUCAAGAAGUGUUUGCAUCACAAACUACUAUACAUGAAAAAGCAAAAAAACUUUUAGAUGAAAUCAAAGAAUCAAUGGAGAAAGAUGAACAAACAUUUGAUAUUACACAAUUAAAUAAUUUAAAAUCCAUUGCUAAUGAACUUGAAUGUCAUACAUGUAAACAUAUAAUACGAUAUAUAUUUCAAGAAAGUAUGGAAAUCGAACGUUAUUCUCAAGAUUUUCGUGAACGUUUUGAUAUUGCUUUUUCUCAGGCGUUGACUUGUCUUAUAUUUUCAAUUUCCGUUCUUCUAUCGUCUGUUAAAAUAAGUGAUCAAGCAUGGCAACUUUACAUGACUAGUGGUGAGUGUAUAGACAUGCAAGAAAAAAGUAAACGCUAG